CUUCAACUCCCCGUCCUCUUCCUCCUAGCUCAUCCCACCCCUGCCGAGACGGGUAAAAGGGGGCACCCCUACCUUGUACUCGUAGAGCUUUGGGAACCCCAAACAGCAUCCCUAAGCCACAAGCCCUUGAUCUUGACUUGAGCCAGCAGAGCCCGAAGGGUUGAAUGAAUCGCCCGAAGUCCCGGGGAGCCCAAGGUCUCCCUUUCCUCUAGUCGGGUUGCAUCUUCUGGCUGCCACGGAGUGGUACUUAGAGAGCUCGUUUAACCCUGGGCUUGUAGCCAGCUCCCAGGCUGAAGUGCACUUUGUGUGUCUGCAUCUUGUUAAGGAAGGAGGAUGCUUAUUUAAUGAAAUAGUGCCAUAGAUUGAAAAACGUAAACAUGAGGAUGGCAGGUGCUGUAAAGUUGGUGGUUGCUGUAGCAGUAUUUCUACUGACAUUUUAUGUUAUAUCUCAAGUAUUUGAAAUAAAGCUAGAUUCAAAUUUAGGAAAUUUAUUUGCAAGGUCAGCACUACAGAUAACUGAUACAAAACCUCCCAGAUAUAAAUGUGGGAUUUCAAAAGCUUGUCCAGAAAAACAUUUUGCCUUCAAAAUGGCAAGUGGAGCAGCUAAUGUCGUUGGCCCCAAAAUUUGUGUAGAAGACAAUAUUUUAAUGAGUGGCGUAAAGAAUAAUGUUGGAAGAGGAAUCAAUGUUGCCUUGGUAAAUGGAAAAACAGGAGAAGCAUUACGCACUGAAUACUUUGAUAUGUGGGGAGGAGAUGUGGCACCAUUUAUUGAAUUCCUUAAGUCUAUUCAAGAUGGAACCAUAGUUUUAAUGGGAACAUAUGAUGAUGGAGCAACCAAACUCAAUAAUGAGGCAAGAUUACUGAUUGCUGCCUUGGGAAGUACAGCUAUCGUUAACCUUGAUUUUAGAGACAACUGGGUCUUCUGUGGUGGAAAAGGUAUCAAGACAAAAAGUCCCUUUGAACAGCACAUAAAGAACAACAAGGAUACAAACAAAUAUGAAGGAUGGCCAGAAGUUGUAGAAAUGGAAGGAUGUAUCCCCCAAAAGCAAGACUGAACCAUAUGAAGAAUGUUAGAGAAAAUUAUCUUUAUGCUAUUGAUGGGAGUGCUAUGAAGGAGAUAUUACUAUGUAAAUAUUUUGAGAAUAUAUGUCCAUCUUGUCAGUUAUGCAUGAGUAUCAGCUCUUCCAAAAUCAGGAUUAUUUAUUGCUAACCUAAAGAGUAAACUUUGUAAAUAGGUCUACCAUAAUGAACCUUUUCUAAGCUGUUGUCUCUCUAAAAGCACAGUAUUUCGAUUGCGUUGAUAAACAACAUCUAUAAGAUGUAGAAAUGUCUUUUUUAAGCACACAUUGUGAACAAAUUUUGAAGACUGUUAUACUAUUGUUUUAUAGAUGCAGUUGCUAGAAGAAUGUAGCCAUUGUGAAAAAUAAAGAGUUUUGUUGGGGGUGGGGGGAGGGCUAAACUUUUUUUUUUUAAAUAUACUGCCCUUUUGAAGGCAGUAAUCAGUCUUUAAUAAAGAAGUAUUUGACUGGUUGUAUAUAUUCUGGAAUUUUGCUUUGCUGUCUAAUACCCCAUACCCUUCCUGUUCUACCUCACUUCCUUGCCUACCUUAUUUCCUCACCUCCCACAGAAACUUCUGGCCAAUAAAUUUUUAAAAUAUAGAAUUAAGAUGUUUGAUAUAGAAAUUUAGAUCAAGUCUACAAAAAAGCACAAAUCCUUUUUGUAUAAAAAAGUGAUAAAAGAAAUGUAUAAAUGUAUAUGAUUUGAAUUGCAGCUUGAAAUAAUUUGUAUUUAUGGUGCAAGUAAAUUAACUUUGUAGUAGCCAUUUAAAGAAUGACCCUGAUGUAGUUUAGCAGCAUGGUCACAGAAAUAAGCAGAUUUUUAGAAUUAUUAUUUUUGUAUGUAUUUCUCUGACCAUCAUUCACUCUUGUUUAAUGAAAUUCUGCAAUUUUUAACCAGUAUUCUGAAUGGUCAUAUCUGUAAAAAUGGAAUGCCCUCCUUUUUGUCAAUUUUGACUUCUUCCAGCAAAAUGGUUAGUGUGUUGAGAGCUUUCCAAAAAACACAUAUGGCAGGGAAGGUUCUAUUGAUUCAGUCAUUUAUGCAACUCUACAAUCAGCAAUAUUUUGUCUAUAGCUAUUAAGACAUUUGACGGGUAAUGCAUUUUCAGAAUUUUAAGUGUAUAGCUCUAAAUAUCCAAUAAUACUCUAGUUAGCCUUUUCAGAAAUGUUUAAAUUAGGCCAAAUCAAGAUAAUUUUAUGUUCAGUUUUACAUAAACAUGUAAGAGAAAUCCAAGUUUUUGUUUAACAUCUUCAACUAUUCACUGAGUUUCAGUUUUUUUCUUGACAUCACCUACAGGCUACAUAUGUUGUAUGAAUAGUAUGAUCUUGAAGUAAAUCAUUGGCACAAGUUAAUGUUUUACAUGGUACAUGUGUAGAAAACACUUGCAAAAUUACCUGAAUUUUAAUAACUUGUACUAAUUAACUAGGAGAUUUUGUAAUUUUGCUUUGUACUUCAAAAUCUUCCUCAAAAACAGCAGUAAAUCAAGGUGGAAACUAUAAAUGUUUAUUAAAAGUUAAAUAGCUUGUACCUAAGCCGAAUGUAAAGCAAGAAAAAAAUGCACCUUAUGCUUUUACACAAUUAAAAUAAUUGUAGUUUUGGACACUUAA